AUGAAUUUUACUACCGUCGCCGCUAUCGCUAUAGUUAUUGUCUUGGCACAAGCCAACCCUGUCCGAAUUCGCCGUGAAGCCUCUGAUCGCUAUUGCAUCAAGCACAUCGAGCACUACAACAAGUACUGUGGAGAUGAAUCAGGACCAAUCGAACGUGCUCUCUACGGAAAGGUCUCCAAAUUCUGCCCAGCUUACGAAAAGCACUGCGCAGUUGGAAAGGCCGGACUCGUCGAGCUUCCAGACCUCGGAGCACCACUCGUGAUGCCACCAAUUCUUCCAAGAGGAAAUGACUUCGCCAACCUCGAUUUGCCAAUUGCUGACGAGCGCAAGGCAGCUCAUAUCCACUCUUCCUCUUCUUCAAGAACUGCUCCACAGACAACUCGUCUCACCGCCGCCAUCGUCGCCACCUGUACUCCAGAAUGCGUUGCCACCCAUUGUACCGAUGAAUGCAAGUGUGCUCACACUCAUCCAAAGGUCCACCAAAUGUGCAACCCACCAUCGUCUGCUUCAAUGGCCGCUACCUGCCAACGUUGGUACUCGAAGUGCACCAUGUUCACUCCAGUCCAGUAUUAA